AUGGUAAAUUUUUACUACAAAGAGUUUUUUGCGGAUGGCGAUGAUUCCACCGAUGAGGAGGUUGAGCAAGAGGCGGUUAGGAGUGCUUGUCAACUAGCGGUGAGAUAUGUGAACCAUUGUCGUCGGCCCCAAGUAGAAAAAAAUAAAAGAGGUUAUAUUGAACGAGACCGACGCGCGGCACACGAUCGUUUGAUGAAAGAUUAUUUUGAUGAGGCGCCGACAUUUUCGAACCAAAUGUUUAGGGGUCGUUUCCGAAUGAGUAAGCGGUUGUUUCUACGCAUAGUCGACGACUUGGAAGCCAACUACGAUUAUUUUAAACAAAGAGCGGAUGCGAGAGGGUCACUUGGAUUUACCGGUAUCCAAAAAUGUACUUCAGCGUUAAGAAUCCUUGCUUAUGGAAACACAACCGACAUCAACGAAGAGUAUCUAAAAAUGGGCGAGAAAACAACGCGAGACACCUUGGAGCAUUUUUGUCGUGGUAUUAUUGAUGUGUAUGGUGCGCGUUAUCUUAGAACGCCCACAUGGGACGACCUUCAAAAGAUCUACGAGGUACAUUCGGCGGAGCAUGGUUUGCCUGGUAUGAUCGGGAGCAUAGAUUGCAUGCAUUGGCGUUGGGAUAACUGCCCGACCGCAUGGCGAGGCCAACACACACGGGAUGACCAAAAAAGGACCCACUGUUAUUCUUCAGGCGGUUGCUUCACAGGACAUUUGGGUUUGGUCGGCUUACUUUGGCAUGGUAGGGUCAUGCAAUGGUAUCAAUGUUUUUGA